GCAGGAAAUACAUCCUGUGCAUAUUCUGCCAACUCUAAACUAUUUUCGAAAAUCAAAAUGGAAGUAAGAUGCAGGACUUCAAUCUCUGGCAUGCCAAAAGUUGAAGGAUAUUUAGAAAAAAGAGGAAAAUUCAAUUUAAAAUGUUUGUGGAAAAAAUAUUGGUUCGUUUUGGAUGGAAGAUCGCUGCUAUAUUUUAAAUCAAAGGAUAAUUAUGAGGCAUUGGGUGUUUGUAAAGGAAUGAUUGAUUUUUCCAGAGUGCAGACAAUUAGAAUUCCAGCUAAGUUACAUCAUGGUUAUCCGUUCGAGAUAGUUACUCGUAGUCAAAUCAUUUAUCUAUCUGCAAGUGAUAGUAAAACUAGAGAAGUAUGGAUAGAAGAACUACAACAUGCUGUAAGACCACCACAUGUUUCUGAUCCUUUUGGAGCAACAAAAUUGACUGCACCACAUCUUUCAAAUUUGUUUGAUAAUGUAAAAAUUGAUCCAAAUGAUUCAAAACAACUAGAAUCAAGCUAUUCUACUAAUCCUAAUCCAAAUCAAAGUUCCAUUAAAAUUAAAGAAUGUGAAAAUAUCAUGCAUACAAAUUCAUCUGAAAACAAUGAAGAUAUGAAAAAUAAAUUUUCUAUUAAGGAUGAAACUUCAGUUUCCAGUUCUGAAAAACAUCAAAAUGGUUUGCUUUGUCCAGAUUUAAUAUCAGAAUGUGAUAAAAGAUUAGAGUUGAAGACUCCCAUUCAGCAAACAGAACAUUUCAAAGUCAAGGAAGAAGAACAAUUUGAUACACAAAUAGAUGAAAGUGACACAAAUGAUGAAUAUAAUGAAGAGUCCAAUUAUGAAACAGCUGAAGAAACAUUAGAUGAAGUUGGUUCCAAUGAAUGCCUUAAUUCUAUUAAAAAUGAUGAUAUUUCAGCCUUUACUAGUGUAACACAUCUUAUUAAUUAUAUGGAAAGUAAUAACAUAAUUUCUUCAAAUGAAAAAUUAGAAGAAAACAAUACAUAUUGUAAUGAUAACCUAAAUAUAACAGAAUGAAAACAAAAUAUUUUUAAAGUUUUUGUUUGCCUUUCAUGUAAAAUUGUUAUUUAAAAUUAUUUAAUUUGCAUUUUUGAAAUAAAGUAAAAUAAGUAAUAUUAUAAACUUUAUAAUGUAAACAAAGUUAAUGUUUUUGAAAAAUGAAACUUUAAUGUAAUUAUUGUAAAUUCAUAUUAAACUGCUAUAUUAUUCUGCUAUGAAGACAAUAUAUGACCUAUUAUAAACAAAAUGUGAGAAUGACACAUACAUGUUUGUAAAUAAGGAAAAUUCUACCUUUUAUUUAAAAUAUUUUAAUUGUAAUUUAUUAUUAUGUCCAUGUAAGAUUUUACAUUGUAAAAAUCUUGAUAGUUAAGAAUAAUUUCAUUCUCAUCGGAAUUUCAUAUACAGUAA